AUGGGCAGCACCAUGGAGCCCCCCGGGGGUGACUACCUGUACCUGGGAGCAGUGACCUCCCCCGUGGGCACGGCUCGCCUGCUGCAGCUGAUCUUUGGCUGCACCACUUUCAGCCUGGUGGCCCACCGGGGCGGCUUUGUGGGCGUCCAGGGUACCUUCUGCGUGGCCGCCUGGAGUUUCUGUUUCGCCGUCUCAGGGCUGGUCGUGGCCUGUGAGUUCACCCAGCUGCAUAGCUGUCUGCGCCUCUCCUGGGGCAACUUCACAGCCGCCUUCGCCAUGCUGGCCACCCUGCUGACCGCCACCGCCGCUGUCAUCUACCCGUUGUACUUCACCCGGCUACAGUGCCCACCAGAGCCCGCGGGCUGUGUUGCUCGGGACUUCCGCCUGGCAGCCAGCGUCUUCGCAGCACUUCUCUUCCUGGCCUAUGCCACUGAGGUGGCCCUGACCCGUGCCCGGCCUGGCCAGGUGGCCAGCUACAUGGCCACAGUGUCCGGGCUCCUCAAGAUUGUCCAGGCCUUUGUGGCUUGCAUCAUCUUUGGGGCGCUGGUUUACGAUAGCCGUUAUGGACACUACGUAGCCACCCAGUGGUGUGUGGCUGUCUACAGUUUGUGCUUCCUGGUCACGGUGGCCGUGGUGGCCCUGAGCGUGAUGGGCCACACAGGUGGCCUGGGCUGCCCCUUCGACCGUCUGGUGGUGGUAUAUACUUUUAUAGCUGCUCUGCUGUACCUCAGCGCUGCGGUCAUCUGGCCUGUCUUCUGCUUCGACCCCAAGUACGGGGAGCCCUGGCGGCCAGCAGACUGCCCUAGAGGACACUGUCCCUGGGAUAGCCAGCUGGUGGUGGCCAUCUUCACCUACGUCAAUCUGCUCCUCUACACCGUUGACCUGGCCUACUCUCAAAGGAUCCGCUUCGUGCCAGCCCUGUAG